AGUCCAGUCCAGUCCAGUUCAGUCAGAGUUCGCGUUCUCAGAAUGUAGAAGCAGGUUAUGUUCUAAUUCAAAAUGGUUUUUAAACUAAACUUAAGAUCAAAUUUAAUUUUAUUUAUAGUAUUGAUAGUCUUGUGCUGUGGAAAUUGUAGCCAUGUAAAGGGAGUGUGGAGUACAAAAGACUUUUUUAAAUUUUUAUUGAAAUUUGGUGUUCAAAAGACUGACGUACAUUAUGAGAAAGAUACAAAAGGUUAUGUUUUUGGUAAUAUUACCUCUAGAACUAAUUUCUCGCAUUUAGUUACAUUUUCUGUCCUUGAUAGACGUUAUUUCUUAGAAUACUAUGGUAAUAGAAGUGUUGACGAUAAAGAACAAGCAUGUAAAAAGAUGUUUAGGAAGAUUAGCACAAUUGCGUUUGACGUGCCGUGUUUUGAAAAUAAGCAAAGUGAAGACUUUAUUAGGAAAGUGCCAUGUGAUAAAAAUGAAGUGUGUAAAGAAGACAAGCUUGGGAGUGUAGUAAAUGGAUAUCAAUUGACAUUUGAGGUUACUGAUAUUAAAGAACCUAGAUUUUGGUACCUGAGUCUAGUCGCAUGCUACCGAAAUGAAACCACCUGUGAGUGGCAUCAUUUCAAUGAAGAAGCUGAACUUGAAUAUGAUAUUUGGUUUGUUAAUGGAAAUCCAAAUAUUAGCAGCUUCAAUCCGCUCAUCUAUCAAUUCUCUUUUGAUAGACAGAACACAAUACUGUUGUACCUGGUGUUCUUUCUGUGCUACAUGGUGCUGGUGCCUCUGCAGAUGUACGCAGUGACGCGUCAGCACCACCCCGUCACUAAGCUGUUCACCGUCAGUCUGCUAUUGGAGUUUGUCGGCCUUCUCUUCAAUCUGCUAGACGUCACCAAGUUCUCCAUUGACGGAGUCGGCUAUCAUAGGAUAGCUAUGGCUGGAGAUAUCCUCGAUAUCUUAUCACGAACGACAUUCAUGUUAUUGUUACUGCUGCUAGCGAAAGGAUGGGCGGUAACACGCAUGGAGUUGACGUGGAAACCAUUGGUUUUCACCAUAUGGUUUGUUUACGGAGUCGUUCAUAUUCUACUCUACGUUUGGAAUAUGACCGAGGUGGACAUCAUCGAAGACAUAGAUGAAUAUCAGACGUGGCCAGGUUGGCUAAUACUCGUUCUCAGAUGUCAGAUAAUAGUUUGGUUUCUGUUUGAGCUGAGGACGACCAUGUUGUAUGAGCACAACUCGAAGAAGCUCAACUUUUUUCUACACUUCGGUGCAUCGGCACUGGUGUGGUUCAUCUACCUCCCCAUUUUGGCCCUCAUCGCCAUGCAGAUUCCAGCAUUUUGGAGGUUCAAACUUCUCUUAGGUAUCACAUAUUCAGCCGACUGCCUGGCGUACUGUGUGAUGGCUCACCUGUUGUGGCCAACGCGCAGUGAGCAGUACUUUCUGCUGGCUUACGAGCAGGAUGCUCGCGAGGAGUUGGACGAGUUCAACGAGGCGCCUCAUGUUAUCAACAGUGUCGGAUAUGCCGAACUGCGGCAGGCCAGCUCCUGCGACUCCAUCACCCACGAAAUCACUAAGGUCAUCACGUGAUACGCUGCAAGUAUUAAGCAAAUU